GAAGUGUUCAAAAAUUCAGAAAACUAGAUACUUCUAUAAUGCUGACAGUAUGAUGUGUGAGGAGUUCUGUGGUGAAGGAUUAAACAACUUUGAGAGUAAAGAGAUCUGUGAAAAAACAUGUGAUGCAUGUUCACAACCUAAAGUGAUCGGUCCAUGUAAAGCAGCUUUUCCCCGUUACUUCUAUAACAGUGAGAUGGAACAGUGUAAGAAGUUCACAUAUGGAGGAUGCGGAGGCAACAAGAACAAUUUCCAAACGGAAGAUCAGUGUGAAAUACAUUGUAAGCCUACAUGUGAAUACUACUGCCGAAGAUGUGUGAAUGCUAAAAAGCUUUUGACAAAGUGCAGUGGCUGCAAACAAAGGAAAAUGAGAGGAUAUACAAAAUGUGCAGCGUGCGUUAAGAGUGGAAAAGGAAAAUAUGCCAAAUUAAACUACCAAUGUUUCAACUGCAUGAAUUAAGCACUAACCUUUACUUUACUGUUUCAAAUUAAAAUUCAAUAAAGAUCAACCUUACCAUUAUAUUUAUACAUGAUGUUUCUUAAAAAGCCUAUCCUCAUCUUAUAAGCUUAACAUUUUGAAAGUGAUUUGUUUAAACUAAAAAACUAAAAGAUUGAAGACUCUGAAUCUUUAUGUUUAAAGGACAUAAGCAACAUGGACCUUGUGACUUUGAUAUUGGACCCUGCUGUCCCACAUCAUUUUAGGCUAAAUGGUAUGCCUUGUACAUAUCUGCAACUAUUCAUGAUGUCCUAGUAUUGCUCUUCUUGUUGUCAUUGUAGGCUUGCUUGACAGCAUAUAUAUAGCUUGCUUUUACACAGUUAUGUUUGCUUGACAAUGCUGCAGCUGGCUUGAUAUAUAAACUUCCCAUAUCUUGUACAGUAUGCUGUAUACACCAACAACCUGACAUCCAAACAAUGCAAUUCAGAUCCCCCAGUGUCAGAAGUAUCUGUUCAUUGUGGGUUGCUGUAACAAAUUAUGCCAAAACAUUCAUUUAAGCAAUGGUGAAAGUUCAUGUAUUGAGCCAACCAAAAGUGCAAACAUUUUUAUUAUGCAAGAAAUGCAAGUUUUUAUUUAUCACAUUCUCUGUAUUUUGUAUUCAUGCAAAGUUUUUAUUCUUCAUUCUCUGUAUUAUGUUUCUUAGUAAGAAAGCUGCUGUAUAUGACAAUGUUAACCACUAUUACCUAAAAUAAAAUGUUCAACUCUUGAUGACAAAA